AUGGAGGCCCCUGAUGAUGUCAUCUGUGAUGCUAGUGCCCCUUGUCACGCAUUUAUUCCGGGCAUGUCUUCAGCUGUCCCACCAACAACGGCUAAGUCGGGUAAGAAGAAGAAAGCCGCAGGUGCCACUGUAAGUGGCAUAGACGUCGCCAAAGAUGUGGACUUUGCGCGCUGGUACCAGCAAGUCCUUCUGAAGGGCGAGAUGAUUGACUAUUACGAUGUCUCUGGGUGUUACAUCUUAAGACCUGGCUCUUGGGAGAUCUGGGAGAUCCUGCAGGACUGGUUUAACAGCCGCAUCAAACUGAUGGGCGUUCGCAACUGCAGUUUCCCCCUAUUCGUUACAGAGGAUUUGUUGAACAAGGAACAGAAUCAUGUUGAGGGUUUCUCUGCUGAAGUGGCUUGGGUUACUCAAUCGUAA